AUGUCAACAAAACAAUUAGUAUAUCAAGGCUUAGAUGCNGUUACUGUUUCUUUGACAAAAGUGCCGGAAGAUUUUCUACAGUAGGUUUAAGUGGGAUUUCAAAUUAUUUUAGGACCAAAAGAAGUUUUUUAAAAUUUUCUUUUUCUCGAUUCUACAAACGACUAUUCAAAACUGAUUGAAGAGAAAUAAAAUGCAUGGUUUAUAUCACCAUUUACUGGAAUGGGAUAUCCUUAUACGGAUGCUGUCAGAUUGGAUAAAUAAUAUUAGUUUUAAGGGAAUUCAUUAUAUUAGUAUAGUUUGGCCACUUGUAAAAUAUUGUCCAAAAUUUAGGGUGGAGCGCUUUUACUCCUUGUUCUCAUUCUCAUGGAUUUCUCUCUCAAGUUUUAACUACAAAGUUCUACUCCUUAAAUUUGUACUAAUUUGAAGUCAAGCAAAAAUCAUAACUUGGAUCUACUACCUCAAUUUCAGUUCAUUUCUUAGAGAAUAAUUAAAUAUUAAAUACUACAGGUGAAUUUUAUGUUACUUUAGAGAAAGAUCUCACAGAUAUUAGAAUUGAUAUUAAUGUUGUCUGUCCUUUAGGAAAGUGGAUUGAAAGUAAUUUUGAGAAAUGUUUAGAUUGUCCCAUUCAAAAGCUUUAUAAAUAAAACUAUAAAUGCAGUAACACUCUCAAAGAAUUAGUUUUCAAAAUUUAAUAUUCGAAAUAAGCUCAAGCCUAUUCUGAAUUAUUAAUCAACAUAUCAGAAAAUUUAUGUGACAUGAAAUAGAUACUCUACAAUCAAAAACUUGAAGAGAUUAUAAUGUUUUCUAUAAAUUUAACAGAUAUCUGA